AUAGAAAAUAGCACAAAAAUGUCGCGACAAGCCACUCGACUUGAUGCCAAAAAAGUGAACUCCGAAUUCCUGACCCUCACCUAUGGCGCCCUGGUCACCCAAAUGCUGCGUGACUUUGAGAACGUCGAGGAUGUAAACAAACAAUUGGAGCGCAUUGGCUACAACAUGGGCAUGCGUCUGAUCGAGGACUUUCUGGCUCGCACUUCGGCGCCCCGUUGCCUGGAGAUGCGGGAGACAGCCGAUCGGAUACAGCAGGCAUUUCGCAUAUAUCUCAAUAUACAGCCAACUAUAUCGAAUUGGUCGGCGGCCAGUGAUGAGUUCUCGCUAAUCUUUGAUUCGAAUCCAUUGACGGAAUUUGUUGAGCUGCCAGCGGACUUGACCAAUUUGCGUUAUUCGGCCAUACUAAGUGGUUGCAUACGUGGUGCCCUCGAGAUGGUACAAUUGGAGGUGCAGUGCUGGUUUGUACAGGAUCAGCUCAAAGGCGACAAUGUGACGGAGUUGCGCGUAAAGUUUGUGCGACGUCUCGAGGAGGUCAUACCAGCUGGAGAGGAUUAAAACAAUACAGAAUAUACAGAGAAGCAGAUCAGAAGAAGAACAACAACAACAACAAGAUGAAGGAGAUAUAUAUAUAUAUAUAGAGAAUUUGAUAUGUUUAAGACGUUAGGCAGAGAGCUGGCUGGAGGCGUUAGAAGAAGCUGCAUUCCGGAGCAAAAACAACAACAACAAAAAACAAUAAAUUUUUGUUUUAUGUUUUAUUCGACUUUAUACAAAAAAUGAUUUCCAUUUUUACUGGAUAAUACCAUAACAAUAUAAUAUAGUAAAAAUAUAUAUACACAAAUACAUAUAUAUAUAU